AUGCCCUUGGACUUCUUCGAAAUCCCACGUUUGGCAUUCAAAAAAUCGGCAGACAUGGUCCCAUUCGUCCUUGGCGAGACGGCCAUCACAGAUGACAACACCAGGCUUGAGCAGCUUGGCGCCCUUGUUGGCCACAUCACCACCAACGCCAUUGACCAUGACCUCGAUGAAAAGACUUGA